AUGGCAACAUAUACCAACUUGGAUGGAUCCUCCCUUGUUCGAACUUUUAGUAAUAGCUAUUCUUUAGCGACAGCGCAGAUGUUGCUCAAAAAUUAUCAUUAUUAUCGAGCUCUCUGGUGGGAGAAAGGAGAUUUUAAUCAAAAAGCUAUGUGGGAAGAAGUAACUAUCAUAGGUCUUGGCGCAAUUCGAACUCGCGCCGACAAUUCUGAGAAAGAAGCGGAUGCAUGUUUUCGCCCUAAAAAACCACGAGUGGCACCACCAAAUGGGAGUGAUGAAAAGGAUGAGCCCUGGCCGAAUCUCGUCAUCGAAGUGGCGUAUUCUGAGAGUGAACCACGUGUUCUUGAAAAAGUGAAAGAUUUCUGGCUACGGAAUCUUAGUCGUGCCCACGACGCGAUCGUGGUUAAGAUUGAUAAACCUCCUGAAGACGAAACUCCUUCACGGAUGCAAUUUAACCUACCAGGCAUGGCACUUUUGUGCCAGGGACAGACCCAGAAGAACAACAGAUAUCCAUCCUCGGACUUGCGUAAUGUCAUAAACAAAGGAUAA